AUGGAUUAUGACCAUGUCAACGUAUACACCGCCGACAACGUGUAUGCGCAAGGCUCCACGAUCAACUUCUCCUGGUCGACCUCGUACCAGACAAUUUCCGUUACGCUAUGGCAGAACGACAACGACACGUUCAGCUAUCUGCUGAAAGAGGUACCGGCUGUGUCAACGCUGGCCUGGUACGUUGACUUGUAUGGACGAUUCGAUUUGGAUGCUGGAGAGGUGUUCUUCCUGACCGUCUGGGAUGAAGGCGCGGACAGCGACGACCAGUUCAGCAGUCAUUACUUCAACAUAACCGGCCCAGAUCCUCCGCGAUCAACGUCGUCCGCAGCCUCGAGCACUACCGCUUUCAGCAUCCCCGGUGGAGACAACGGCAAAGCGACCUCGACCAGCGCAGGUAGCACAGCAUCGCCGACGUCCUCAAAAGCAGCCUCCAACUCCUCAUCCUCAUCGAGUGGCCUCUCCAGUGGAGCCAAAGCCGGCAUCGGAGUCGGCGUGGGCGUGGGUGUGCUUGGAAUCGCCAUAGGAGCAGCGUUGGCGUUCUUCUACCGGAGAAGGUCGAGAAAAUCAGAGACAAACGCAUCACAGAGCGUGGGAGAAUGGGCGUCGACACAGCAGGCAGCACCGUCGCCGUACUCGGAUAAUUACGGCUCACCGCCAAUGGCGAAAUAUGCAUAUCAGCCUCUUGGUUACCAGGAUCCUCCAAUAGGGCAGCAGUGGCCGGGCCAUGGCCCGCAGGAGAUGAGCGGCGUUCAGCAGGAUAGUGUUGAGUUACCGAACAGCCCCAAGUAG